UGUGGGGAGUGUGGGAAGAGCUUCAGGCAGAGAUCCCACCUCUUCUGUCACCAGGUGAUUCACACAGGGGAGAGGCCCUACGAGUGUUCCGAGUGUGGGAAGAGGUUUCAGACCAUAUCCAAUCUCCUCCGGCACUAUCCGGUUCACACAGAGGAGAGGCCCUUCUGCUGCUCCGACUGUGGGAAGGGAUUCAAGCACAAUUCAGACCUCGUCAAGCACCACAGCACCCACAGUGAGGAACGGCCCUACGCAUGUGGGGAGUGUGGGAAGAGGUUCAAACGCAGCUGCAGCCUGAUCAACCACCGGCCCAUCCACACCGGGGAGAGGCCCUACGAGUGUGGGGAGUGUGGGAAGAGCUUCAGCCGAAGCUCCAGCCUGAUCAGGCACCAGGUGGGCCACACAGGGGAGAGACCCUACGAGUGUUCCCAGUGUGGGAAGAGGUUUCAGACCAGGGCCAAUCUCUUCCAGCACUAUCCGGUUCACACAGAGGAGAGGCCCUUCUGCUGCCCCGACUGUGGGAGGGGAUUCAGGAAGAACUCCACCCUCAUCACCCACCGGCGCAUCCACACUGGGGAGAGGCCCUACGAGUGUGGGGAGUGUGGGAAGAGCUUCAGCCUGAGCUGCAGCCUGAACAAGCACCAGAGGACCCACACUGGAGAGAAGCCCUACGAGUGUGGGGAGUGUGGGAAGAGCUUCAGCAUGAGCUGGAGCCUGACCAAGCACCAGAGGACCCACACUGGAGAGAGGCCCUACGAGUGUGGAGAGUGUGGGAAGGGCUUCAGGUGCAGCUCUGUUCUGAUGGUGCACCAGAGGAUCCACACUGGGGAGAGCCCCUACGAGUGUGGGGAGUGUGGGAAGAGCUUCAGGCGUAGAUCCCACCUCUUCUGUCACCAGGUGAUUCAUACAGGGGAGAGGCCCUACGAGUGUUCCGAGUGUGGGAAGAGGUUUCAGACCAGCUCCAGUCUCCUCCGGCACUAUCUGGUUCACAGAGAGGAGAGGCCCUUCUGCUGCCUUGUCUGUGGGAAGGGAUUCAGGCACAACUCCGAGCUCAUCAUGCACAAGCGCAUC